CGUCGGCGUCCGAGUGGCCGGUCGGAGCCCUCGCGGCGGCUGAGGCGGCGGCUCCCCCGCGGCCGGCCGCCCGCGCUCUGAGGCGAUGCCGGACCAGAUCUCCGUGUCGGAAUUCGUGGCCGAGACCCAUGAGGACUACAAGGCGCCCACGGCCUCGAGCUUCACCACGCGCACGGCGCAGUGCCGGAACACGGUGGCGGCCAUCGAGGAGGCUUUGGACGUGGACCGGAUGGUUCUUUACAAAAUGAAGAAAUCCGUGAAAGCAAUAAACAUCUCUGGGCUGGCGCAUGUGGAAAACGAAGAGCAGUACACCCAGGCCCUGGAGAAGUUCGGGGGCAACUGCGUGUGCAGAGAUGACCCGGACCUGGGAAGCGCGUUCCUCAAGUUCUCCGUGUUUACGAAGGAGCUGACGGCGCUUUUCAAAAACCUGAUUCAGAAUAUGAACAACAUAAUCUCCUUCCCUCUGGACAGUUUGCUGAAGGGGGACCUAAAAGGAGUGAAAGGGGAUCUGAAAAAGCCUUUUGAUAAAGCUUGGAAGGACUACGAAACAAAAAUAACCAAGAUAGAAAAGGAGAAGAAGGAGCAUGCCAAGCUGCACGGGAUGAUCCGCACGGAAAUCAGCGGGGCUGAGAUCGCAGAGGAGAUGGAGAAGGAGCGGCGGUUCUUCCAGCUGCAGAUGUGCGAGUAUCUGCUGAAGGUCAAUGAAAUUAAGAUUAAAAAGGGAGUGGAUUUACUUCAGAAUCUGAUCAAGUAUUUUCAUGCCCAAUGCAAUUUUUUCCAGGAUGGACUGAAAGCAGUUGAAAGCCUCAAACCUUCCAUUGAAACACUUUCAACGGAUCUUCACACAAUCAAACAGGCCCAGGAUGAAGAGAGAAGGCAGUUGAUACAGCUUCGAGAUAUUUUGAAGUCAGCAUUACAGGUUGAACAGAAAGAGGAUUCACAGCUUCGCCAGAGCACAGCCUAUAGUUUACACCAGCCUCAGGGAAACAAAGAGCACGGCACCGAGCGGAAUGGCAACCUCUACAAGAAAAGUGAUGGGAUCCGAAAAGUGUGGCAGAAAAGGAAAUGUUCAGUGAAAAAUGGUUUUCUGACCAUAUCCCAUGGCACCGCUAACCGGCCUCCCGCAAAGCUUAACCUAUUAACCUGCCAAGUGAAAACCAACCCUGAGGAGAAGAAGUGUUUUGACCUAAUUUCACAUGACAGGACAUACCACUUUCAAGCAGAGGACGAACAGGAAUGUCAAAUAUGGAUGUCUGUGCUGCAAAACAGCAAAGAAGAAGCGCUGAACAAUGCAUUUAAGGGAGAUGACAAUACGGGAGAAAAUAACAUAGUCCAAGAACUGACAAAGGAGAUCAUCUCCGAGGUCCAGAGGAUGACAGGCAAUGACGUGUGUUGCGACUGCGGGGCGCCAGAUCCUACGUGGCUCUCCACCAACCUGGGCAUUCUGACCUGCAUCGAGUGCUCUGGGAUCCACCGCGAGCUGGGGGUCCACUACUCCAGGAUGCAGUCCCUGACGCUAGACGUGUUGGGAACGUCUGAGCUGCUGCUUGCCAAGAAUAUUGGGAAUGCAGGCUUCAAUGAGAUUAUGGAGUGUUGCCUUCCAGCUGAGGACUCGAUCAAACCCAACCCGAGCAGUGACAUGAAUGCAAGAAAGGACUACAUUACUGCCAAGUACAUAGAGAGGAAGUACGCAAGGAAAAGACACGCGGAUAAUGCGGCAAAACUUCACAGCCUUUGUGAGGCUGUCAAAGCAAGAGAUAUUUUUGGAUUACUCCAAGCAUACGCUGAUGGUGUGGAUCUUACAGAAAAAAUCCCACUGGCCAAUGGACAUGAGCCGGAUGAAACUGCCCUCCACCUGGCCGUCAGAUCCGUGGACCGGACUUCUCUUCACAUUGUAGACUUUCUAGUUCAGAACAGUGGGAACCUGGACAAGCAGACGGGCAAGGGCAGCACGGCCCUGCAUUACUGCUGCCUGACCGACAGCGCCGAGUGCCUCAAGCUGCUGCUGCGGGGCAAGGCCUCCAUCGGCAUCGCUAACGAGUCAGGAGAGACGCCGCUGGACAUUGCCAGGCGCCUCAGGCACGAGCGCUGUGAGGAGCUGCUGACCCAAGCCUUAUCCGGAAGGUUUAAUUCUCACGUUCAUGUCGAGUACGAAUGGCGACUGCUCCAUGAAGACCUGGAUGAGAGCGAUGACGAUGUGGAUGAGAAGCUGCAGCCCAGUCCCAGUCGGCGAGAAGACCGGCCCGUCAGCUUCUACCAGCUGGGCUCCAGCCAGCUGCAGUCCAACGCCGCAUCUCUGGCCAGAGACGCCGCCAGCCUGGCCAAGGACAAGCAGAGGAGCUUCGUGCCCAGCAUCUUGCAGAACGAGACGUACGGAGCCAUCCUGAGCAGCAGCCCUCCGCCCACGCAGCCCGCGGCCCCCAGCACCGCCAGUGCUCCCCCGCUGCCCCCGCGGAACGUUGCCAAAGACCCCCUGGCUCCCACGCCGCCCCCUCCGGUAGCAAAAACACCGAGUGUGCUGGAGGCCUUGAGCCAGCAGAGCAAGCCGACGCAGCCCGGGCUCCCGCCCAGCAAAGCCCCGCCGCCGCUGCCGCCGCAGCUGCCCAGCCGCCUGCCCCAGAAGAGGCCUGCUCCCGGGCCUGACAAGUCAAGCCCACUGAUCAACAAAAGCCAGCCAAGAGGACCUGCAGUGGAUCUCUCUGGGACAGAAACUCUGGGUCCUCUGUCCAACGCCGUGGUCACGCAGCCCCCGGCGCCCAUGCCCAGGAAGUCACAAGCGACCAAGCUGAAGCCCAAGCGGGUCAAAGCCCUGUACAACUGCGUGGCCGACAAUCCCGACGAGCUGACGUUCUCCGAGGGGGACGUGAUCGUCGUGGACGGGGAGGAGGACCAGGAGUGGUGGAUCGGCCACAUCGAUGGCGAUCCCAGUCGCAAAGGAGCGUUUCCCGUGUCAUUUGUGCACUUUAUUGCUGACUAAACUGCUACUGAACAAAACCACUUCUGUUUAACGUUACGUCUCGUCUCAUUAUUGGUACCAGAGCUCUUGCCAGAUAACCUGUUUUAUGAAUUGUAUCGUACGGUAGCCCACUCUCUCUAAGGCCACUGUUCUGCUUUAAAAACUCAAAGGCAAUUUAUAUAUAUCAGUGAAUUGUUUUUAUAAUUCGUGUUUUUCAUGAAACAUUGCUAUACUUUUAUUAGGAAAAACUGAAUUUCCAAAAGGUGAACUGAAAAGUUAUUUUAACUAAAUAAUGAAGAUUCUGAAUCUACAGCAUUAGUUGAACCUAAAAAUGUUUUGAGUGUGGGAAAGAAACUCGUCCUGUUUUUCUUGGCCCACGUCUGGGGUUGGUGACCUUUAGCACAAUUAUUCUUUUUAGGAAGCCAGGAAAUUGUUGCUUUCAGAGUCCAUAGCCAGCCCGCACUUUCUGCAUAAAAUGCUUCAGUUCACCUUUAAAGACUUUUUUUUCUUUAAAGAUACCGUUAAAGAUUUCCUUUGAAAUCCACCCAGUGUUUACUGGAAAUGUAUACAUAAGCGUUGUACUUUCCAGCCCUGGUGUGUGAGGUUGCAACUAUCAGUGUAUCCUGCAUGUGUGUGUAACCUGUUGUGAACAAGCCUACUUGACCCGACUAUAGAUGGUUUAUUAUGGCGUAUGUCACAGCAGUUAAUUCAGCUCCAGAUUAUAUUAACUGCAUUCCCUGAAUCUGGUUAAAAACUAAGGAUGAUGGACUGCAGAACCGUUCUUUAAACGAGUGUCUACGCUUUAGUUGUUUGGGAUUUGCCUUCCUGGACCUCCCUCGUCACACAGCUAGAGCACCGUGGUGCAGACCGACCCCCCAUAUUACCACAGACCUGCUGUUUCCUAUCGAGUGUACCACUGCCUUCCCUUUCUAGCCCAAGAGAAUGUCCACUCAGUUUAGUGUCUUGUAUUUAUAUAAUAUACCAACAGGAAUGGUAGUUACACUGUCUUGAAAUUUAAUCUGUCCAUUUGUUUGUAAUCAAGAGCAUAUCAGAAACCUGUAGGUCCCAGGUAACAGAAGACUCUUAAGACAUCCCGGUUUUACUAUUGAAGUCCAUCGUAUCAUUCUUAAGCUACUGGGGGUGGGGGGAUUAGGUUGUAUAUGAUAAAAUCAAAAUUCAUUAGUUUAAUGAACUUGACUAUCAUACCUCUCUUUAGUAAUUGUGUAAGAUUCAUGGUAGGUAUAUUGGAAAUUUUGGCACUCUUAGAGAAUAAAUAGGCAUAUGAUGACCACUUAGAUUUUUACCCAAAGCGAAGGAGUAAAUUUAAGAAGAGGCUUGGAAAGCAAGGAGACGAUGCUGUUAGUGCAUUUGUUACGAUGGUACAUUUGAUUGAAGCAGCCUGUCUUUAUUAUGCAAGACUCUUGUAAGUAUAGAGCUUUUUUUUUUUUAAUUGCAUUGUGUUUUUUCAUUGUUAUUAUAAAGGGAGACAGAAUAAACUGGAAUGUUUUAUGAUGUUGUAUGGCAAUUUGCCUUUCAAAGUUCUGGGGAAAAAUGUGUUAGAUCUGUAAUUAAAGUCUUUUUAAAAAGCACUACAUCUGUUUUCACUAAUUGUUAAUUUCUGUUUUUGAACCCUUCAUUUAGUUAAUUCUCUCAUAGAUUUAAGAAAGUAAACAGAUGUUUUGCACAGUGCACUUCAUAUGUAUAUUUUAAUACAACGCUCCCGCAUCUGUGUCUUAUAAUCAGCCUUUUGACUACUUGGUGCCAGCUGUAUAAGGAAUUAAAGUUGACUCCUAUCAACAUUUGAACACCAGUCCCAAACUAAUAUAUCAGGUUCACUGGUACAUAAAUAUCUAGGAAAUAUUUUUCCAGUCUACAAUCUGGUGGUGCUGUUGUGCAGUAAUUAACACUACUCUUGCCAGAGGAGAAAUUAUAUUAACUUCCCUACUAAUAUCCUUUCCUAGUUAUUUGCUCUUUGCAAAUUAAAAAAAAAAAAGCAACUGAGAGAAAGGAAAACAUUGUAGAUAUCUAUUUAUAUUUAAAGUUUACAUGUCAUGAACUUAGCUGCAGGAUUCUGGCAUUUGGCAUGCCAUUCUCCAUCAGAUCUGACUUCUAGGGAUGGCGACUCAGAAAUCUGUCCACAGACUAAUGGUUACUGUGUGAUCUGUGAAGGGGUGGGCGGGUACCAUGGUCCACAGCGUGGAUACUGUCUGAGAUGUAUGAUAUUCAGUUCAUUCACUUGAUUACUUCGGUCUAGUUGCAGCGCAACUGUAUAUAUUGUAUAACCUAAAUCAGUUCUUAUUUUCAUUGUCCUAUAAUUAGAGCAUGUUUAAUAAGUCUACUCUUCUUGUUAGCUAGUCCUUUGACUGGAAAAAAAUAAAAUACUUUUAAAUGGA